GGUAACAAAACGUAUCCUUUUUAUUAUUAUUUUGCUUUUUAUAAUUUUCACGAGUUUAUUUAGUACUUUUCGGAUUUGCACAACAUAAAAAUGGAGAAUGACGAUGAUGGACCGUUCGGGGGAGCCCUGAAAAUAGGCUCCGAAACAAGCGAAGCAGAGAAAGAGUUUGAGAGAGUUCUAGAAGAAAUGAGGGAAGCCGAAGGUCUGAAACUUUACACGGAUGUUUACACGAAGCUCUACGACUCCUAUUACAAGAUGAAAGAUGACAACGUGGCCCAUGUGCAAGAAAUUGACGCCCUUCACACAAAACUACGCCGCUUCGAUGACACCGUAUCGGAUUACCUGGCAGAGAUUACAGACUCCCAUAAAACUAUUGAGAAACUAAGAGCUGAUAUUGAGGAAGCUAGAGCGCUAGCCGACGCGAUGCACGCAAGGGAGCUGAUCAGCGUAGAAAGUCUGGAGACCAUGAAGAGAACCGUGACUAGGCUCGAAAAGGAGUUGGAUGCAAGGAAACGCGCCGGCGACGAAGAUGCUGGAGCCACAUCAGCUGUAAAAGAGAAAGAGAAAUUUGAGAAAGAGAAGGCGCGUCUCCAAGGUGAACUAGACGGUGUGAAGCUGAGGCUCUCCAACGCUCUCAAAUAUGUGGAAGAGUUGGAGAAUAAAAAUACGGCCGCCGAUGAAAAUAUUGCCAAACUAGAGGAGCAACUUGAGGAAGCAGAUAAUAACACAGUGCGGCAAAAUCGCCUGGUGGAUCAUCUGAAAAACGAAAGUGUGAGCCUCAAGAACGAAGUGGAGAGUAGAGGCACCACAAUUGCAAAUCUAAACGAAAGGGCGACGAAAGCAGAAAAGGCAAUUGAACGUCGCGACAAGCAACUCCGUGAGACUGGACACAAGCUAGAAACCGCCCAACAGGAGCAAGAGGCUGCGUCCACCAAAGCCGCCCAAUUCAGAGAACAGCUGGAGACCACCAAUAUAGAGUUUGAAAAGACUAAGCAGAAACUUAACAAUACUACAAAGGAGUUAAAGAAUAUGAUCGACGAUGGCAACAGACUUCGCAAUGAGGUUUCCAAGUUGACCAAACAGGCUGUGCAGCAGACGAAGAAGUACCAACUGCUUGAAGGAAAUAAAGCCAGUGUCGAGUCAGAACGAGAACGGCUACGUCAACAAGUGAGUGUAAUGGAACGGGAGAUAAUGCUCGGCAAGAAACAAGCGGAAUCUGACAAGAGAGAAAUAGAGAAUCUGAAUAGAGAGAAGGACAUACUGAACAAGAAUAUGCAGAAGAUACAAAACGAAGCAAUAGAAAACCUUCAAAUGCUACAUCUACAAGAACAGCGCCGUAAACAGCUUGAGCACGAGCUGGAAUUGAACGCAACGCAGAUCAACAAACAGAGACUGCUCAUACGACAACUGGAGAAGGACAAAGACAGGAUGCUGGAAGAAACAAUUGCAUUGAACGAGAAAGUCGACGAAAUAUCAGAGGAAAUACGUCUCCGUACCGCUGACAUCUUGGAUUUAAAGAAAGCACUGCGCGAGGAAACGAUCAAGACUCGAAAACUGUCAGUAGCGUUAGAUGGAACGCGGGCGGAAAGAAAUAUGCUGCAUAAGAACUACACGGAGGCUCUGGACGAAAUCCAAGACCUUAAACAGAAACUGAAGAUGCUAGCAUAUCAAAUUGAGCAGCUAAAAGAAGACAUUAGUGGCAAGGAGACAGGUCUGAAGUCUUGUGAGGGUACGCUCGCCAAAUGUAACAAGAAAAAUGAACAGCUACGGGCAGAGGUGCAGGGCGGACUUGCAAAACUCUCCGAAGCCAGAGCGGACAUAGCAGCCCUCAGACAAGAGGAGGCCAGGCUGAAUAGAAUAGUACAGGAAGGAGAUACUGCUCGAGCGAAGCUGAUGAAAGAGCUGGAAGGUCUUAUGAACGAACGUGACGUGGUGGGAGCACAACUCGUGAGGCGGAACGACGAGAUCUCACUCCUGUACGAGAAGAUACGAAUUUUGGAGGUCACUUUACAUAGAGGAGAGCGUCAAUACGAACAGAGAGUAGAAGACAUCCGGUUGCUGCGACUAGAGAUCAUAAGACUACGCAAGGAGAAGAAUCUACUGUCCAAGGGAAUAGAGAAUAUGACAGACUUACGGCUCGAGGUAUUCAAUCUUGAGCGAGAACUCGGCCGCGAGAGACUGCGGGUGCGGGCGUUAGAAGAAGCCCUAGAGACACCUUUGAACGUGCACCGCUGGAGGAAACUCCAGGGUACAGACCCUGAGAGCGUGCAGCUUACACAAAAAUUGAGAGUGACGCAAAAGAAAGUGCUGGCACAGAGUGAGAUGCUGGUGUUAAAAGACCGCGAGUUGAAGGAAACGCGAAAUCUCUACACUGCUGUAAAAGACAUGCUCGCUUUGCAGCCAAGUCCCGAGAUACAGCAAACAUUAAAUCGCACACAAAGGGCGCUAGCGCAACGGACUACGAAGAUGAAAUGUUUAAUAGCGGAGCUAAGUAUGCGAGAGAAGCAAGUGGCAGAUUUCAGACUGGAACUCGACCGAGUCAACAACGAACUGCAGUCGUUCAAACAACGAUACUACGAAAUAAAAAGAGCUCUGGACGCGGAUGAAGCGAGGCGACUUCGUGUACCGUCACCACCACAAACUGUCCAACCCUAAGCUAAUGAGGACUGUCUUCACCUCCAUUUGUUAUUACACUAUUUGUAUCAAUUGUCUAGUAUCCAGAAAACAAGCUCUGCUUAGCUUGGGAUUAGAUGGCGUUGUGUAAAAUUGUCCUGAGAUAUUAUUUCUCUUUAUUUAUUUUAAUUAUCAAGGAACUACCAGGCAAAUAUUGUUUAUGAUACUGAACCGCUUUCGUCUAGAAGCAAGGUGAAAUCUAAUAAUAAAUUAUAUAAUUCAAAGUCAAAAGGGUCCUGUGCUGUCACUUAGAAAUAAGGUGCCUUUCUGACCGGGUCGGCGCAUUUGUUUCCGUAUGACACGUUGGUGAAGACUGUCUGUACCGAAAUGAGUCAAUCGGGAAGCUCUUAUUUUAGUUAAAAAAGUGUAUACACUUUAUAUAAAGGGAAUUUACCUUCAUAGUAUUACUUGAGAACAA